GUUCCGUCACUGAUUGAAAGCACCAUGGCUUUACAUGGAUCUUUAUAAUAAGAAGCUUUGUCUUGCUUACUUGCUUAUGAGAUUUAAGAUUCUUUGUAGCUGCAAUGGAAGGAGAAGAUAUGACAACAAACAACAAGGAAACUUUGAGCAUUGAACAAGGCCAAUUAAAGGGUGACCAAGAUCAUGAAUUUUCCCUCCCCUCUGCUCAUACCAUUGGCCAUGAUUCAUGGCAACAAGUUGGGUUGAUGCUGGUGACAAGCUUCAAUUGUGGGUACAUAUUGAGCUUUUCAAAUCUUAUGUUGGUGCCUUUGGGAUGGACAUGGGGGAUCAUAUGCCUGUUGGUUGUGGGGUUCUAUACUGCCUAUGCCAACUGGCUUUUGGCUGCUUUUCACUUCAUCAAUGGCCAAAGGUUCAUCAGAUACAGAGAUCUCAUGGGAUUUUUGUUUGGCAGAGAAAUGUAUUACAUCACAUGGGUUUCCCAGUUCUUGACCCUUCUUCUUGGAAAUAUGGGUUUCAUUCUACUUGGAGGAAGAGCACUCAAGGAGAUUAACUCAGAAUUCAGUGAUUCUCCCCUGAGGCUCCAAUACUAUAUCGUUGUCACUGGAGCGACCUACUUCAUCUAUUCAUUUCUAAUUCCAACAAUGUCUGCAAUGAGAAGGUGGCUCGGACCCUCUACCGUUCUCACUUUCGCUUACAUUGUCAUACUCUUGGUGGUAGUAGUUAAAGAUGGGAAAGCUAACACAAAGAGAGAUUAUGCAAUCCAUGGAAACAAAGCAGACAGAGUGUUGAAUGCCUUUGGUGCAAUUUCAGCUAUAAUUGUGUGCAACACCUCCGGCCUGCUACUGGAAAUACAGUCAACUCUGCGCAAGCCUGCAGUUUCAAAUAUGAGGAAAGCUUUAUAUCUGCAGUUUAGUGUGGGGCUGGUGUUUUACUAUGGAGUCAGCAUGGUGGGAUACUGGGCUUAUGGCUCAACUGUCUCUGAAUACCUUCCUGAAGAGCUAAGCGGUCCUAAUUCGGUUAAGGUCCUCAUAAACGCCGCCGUUUUCCUGCAAUCCGUAGUCUCUCAACAUAUGUUUGCUGCACCGAUUCAUGAGACCCUUGAUACCAAGUUCCUCAAACUUGAAACUGGCAUGAACACUAAAGAAAACUUGAAGAGGAGAUUCUACAUGCGAGCCCUUCUUUUCUCGGUGAAUUCAUUUGUGACAGCAGCUUUUCCUUUCAUGGGGGACUUCGUGAACUUGUUUGGAUCAUUCACACUUGUUCCUCUAACUUUCGUGUUCCCAAGCAUGAUUUUCAUCAAGGUGAAAGGAAAGACAGCUAGACUAGAGAAGAAUUUAUGGCAUUGGUUCAACAUUGUAAUUUUUUCUCUCCUUGCUGUUGUGACCACAAUUUCUGCUGUUCGAUUGAUCGUCAACAAUGUUCAGAAAUAUCAUUUCUUUGCAGAUACAUGAAGACAUGUAAAUUAUUACAGGCAUUAUACAUUUCAAAAAUAUUCAUCUAAAGUAAAUUAUUGCAGAUACAUGAAGACAUGUAAAUUAUUGCAGAUACAUGAAGACUUGGCAUGCCUUACAAUAGAAAAAUAUUCGUGCAAUGCCGACGUGGUGUAUUGAAUACACACAAUAAUUUUUUCUUCAGAUGGUCAUACACCAUGGGCUAUUUAAGCAGACACUUGUAGCACAUCCAUCAUAACUAGGCAGCCAAUUGAUUCUAUUAGGACCAUGGUCAAGAUCUCAGUUGAACUUGACAUUUCUGUCUUUCAUGCAUGGAUUGUCUUUGUCCGUGUGGUUCUGGCCGGAGACUCCGGUACUCUGUAGUAAUAUGUAUAGCUCCCCGUAAUUCAAGUGUUAUUCUGCAUAUUUUGAAGCGGGAAUGUGGAUAUGGAUCUUGAUAUUUUCUACAAUUGUUCUGAUUUUCAAUGAAAAUUUCAUGUUACACAUCGAAAAAAUUGUUGUCAAUCUCUGAUUUUCAUUAACAAAAGAGAAGAAAAAAUCAUAACCCAUUUUAGAUUUUCUUUUUAAUAUAUAAGAUCUUAUAUGAAUGGAAGGAGAAGGUAAGAAAGAAGCUUGGAGCACAGAACAAGGCCAGAAAAAGGAUGACCAAGAUCAUGAAUUUUCCCUCCCAUCUGCUCAUACCAUUGGCCAUGGUAUGUUCAAUUCAUAAGUUUCCAUUCACAAAUCACCCAAGAGUUCUUUAAAAUCCUCUGCUUUCAGAUUCAUGGCAACAAGUUGGCUUCAUGCGGGCAACAAGCUUCAAUUGUGGAUACAUUUUGAGUUUCUCAAAUCUUAUGUUGGUGCCAUUGGGCUGGACAUGGGGUGUCGUAUGCAUGGUGGUUGAAGGGUUCUUUGAGUACAAAUUAUAUGAUUUGUGUUUUUAAUUUAAAUUUUUGUUUGGCCCUGUGUUUUUUAAGGCAGAAAAAUGUGUCACUUCACUUGGGUUGUACAAUUUGUGACCCUGCUUCUAGGAAAUAUGGGUUUCAUUCUCCUUGGUGGAAGAGCACUAAAGGAAAUCAACUCAGAAUUCAGUCACUCUCCAUUGAGGCUCCAAUGGUUCAUCGCUAUCACUGGAGUGACGUUCUUCAUAUUUGCAUUUUUUAUUCCAACAAUUUCCGCAAUGAGAGGUUGGCUGGAAGCCUCUACCAUUGUCAACUUCACUUACAUUGUCAUAUUCUUGGUGGUGGUGGUUAAAGAUGGGAAAACUAACAAACAGAGAGAUUAUGUAAUCCACGGAAAAAAAGUACAGGUUGUUCAAUGCUUUCAAUGCAAUUUCAGCUAUAAUCGUAUCCAGCAACACCGGCCUGCUACCGGAAAUACAGUCAACUCUGCCCAAGCCAAGCAGUCGCAAAUAUGAGGAAGGCAUUAUAUGUGCAGUUUAGUGGGGGGAUCUUAUUUUACUAUGCAGUCCCCAUGAUGGGAUAAUGGGCUUAUGGCUCAAAAGUAUCUGAAAACCUUCCUAAUGAGCUAAGUGGUCCUAAAUGGGCUAAGGUUCUUAUAAAUGCUGCUGUCUUUCUACAAUCCAUAGUCUCCCACAUAUGUUCGUUGCACCAAUUCACGAGGCCCUUGAUACCAAGUUCCUCAAAUUUGAUAAGUCCAUGAACUCGAAAGAAAAUUUGAAGUGCAGAUUCUUCCUACGAGCCACCUUCUUCAUAGAAAAUACAUUUGUUACCUCAGCUAUUCCUUUCAUGGGGGACUUUGUGAACUUGUUUGGAUCGUUUUCACUUGUUCCUCUGACUUUUGUGUUCCCAA